GUGGAGAGCUUCCCGCUGGACUUCACGGCCGUGGAGGGCAAUAUGGACGGCUUCAUGGCGCAGGUCAAAAGCCUGGCGCAGUCCCUGUACCCGUGCUCGGCGCAGCAGCUCAACGAGGACCUGCGCCUGCACCUCCUGCUCAACACGUCGGUCACCUGUAAUGACGGUAGUCCAGCGGGCUACUACCUGAAGGAGUCCAAGGGCAGCCGGCGGUGGCUGCUCUUCCUGGAAGGCGGCUGGUACUGCUUCAACCGGGAGAACUGCGACUCCCGCUACGCCACCAUGCGGCGCCUCAUGAGCUCCAAGGACUGGCCACGCACUCGCAAGGGCACAGGGAUCCUAUCCUCUCAGCCGGAGGAGAAUCCGCACUGGUGGAACGCGAACAUGGUCUUCAUCCCUUACUGCUCCAGUGAUGUCUGGAGCGGCGCGUCCUCCAAGUCUGAGAAGGCGCGGGCCUUCCCCCACAGCGCUGGGGGCAUAGGCGUGCUGCUGAACGUGGACCGUGUGGCGGAGCAGCUGGAGGAGCUGGGCUACCCGGCCAUCCAGGUGCGAGGCCUGGUUGAUUCAGGCUGGUUCCUGGACAACAAGCAGUACCGCCCCACAGACUGCAUCGACACCGUCGCCUGUGCACCCACCGAGGCCGUCCGCCGCGGCAUCAGGUACUGGAAAGGGAUGGUCCCGGAGCACUGCCGGCGCCAGUUCAAGGAGGGCGAGGAGUGGAACUGCUUCUUUGGAUACAAAGUUUACCCGACCCUGCGCUGCCCGGUGUUCGUGGUGCAGUGGCUGUUUGAUGAGGCUCAGCUCACCGUGGACAACGUACACCUCACCGGGCAGCCGCUGCAGGAGGGACAGUGGCUGUACAUCCAGAAUGUGGGCCGCCAGCUGCGGGACACGCUCCAGGAUGUUGCGGCCACCUUUGCCCCCGCCUGCCUCUCGCAUGAGAUCAUCAUCCACAGCCAGUGGAUGGAUGUCCAGGUGAAAGGCACCUCGCUGCCCCGCGCGCUGCAUUGUUGGGACAGGAGCCUCCAUGACAGCCAAAAGGCCAGCCGGGCCCCCCUGAAGGGCUGCCCAGUCCACCUGGUGGACAGCUGCCCCUGGCCCCACUGCAACCCCUCGUGCCCCACCAUCCGGGACCAGUUCACGGGCCAGGAGAUGAACGUGGCCCAGUUCCUCAUGCACAUGGGCUUCGACGUGCAGACCGUGGCCCAGCAGCAGGGCCUGGAGCCUAGUAAGCUGCUGGGGAUGCUGACCAGUGCGAGCUAG